AUGAUUGGACUACUAGCAUUGGCAGGUCGUAGAAGUCUCACCAACCCAAACCCAUGUUUCGCUCUCCUCCACCACACGCAAUCUUUUCAGCGAGGUUACGCCCUUUCUCGAUUUCCCGACCGAAGGACAGGGUUUGGAAGGACUCCGAGUUCAGGACGCAAACCCACCCAGGGAACCGUGCCAUCCGAGGAUGAGACAUCACGUUUUACAUACGAGGAACAGUCCUCUGCCCAUGAUUCGCAGCUUUGGGACACGAGUCAAAGAAUGCCGUCCAGUAAUCCGGAGGAAGCAAACGAAGCUGGUGAACCGCUUGGCUAUAUUGCUGAAGAGCCACGAGGUAUCCUGUCGAUGUUUGCCAGACAAAUCUUCCGCACGCAUCGUCCGUUUCGUGCUUUAGUCAUGGAUCUUCACGGGUCACCUAUUCUUUGGAUUCGCCGACCAUUCGCGUGGAUAAACUCACGCAUGUUCGUGCAACGGUUAAAAGACCUUCACGAGUAUACACCAGAAGGAGAACCCGUCCUAGACACAUUCGCAGAAGUCCAACAGGAAUGGCAUCUUUGGCGAAGACGAUACCAUCUCUUUCUUCGUGAUCAGCCCAGGCGCAUCCUUUCCACCACCUCCGAGCCCCAGCCUGAGCCUCCGACAGAUUCGUUCACCCAAUUCGCCAAGAUCGACGAGGGGCUCUGGGCGUGGCACUUCAACAUGCUCGAUGCGCGUGGGACACCCAUUGCAUCCGUCAACAGGGCGUUCCGCGGCUUUGGAAGAGAGGUAAGACAAUAUGUCGUGACUUUUGACGCCACGCGCCCAGACGGAUCUGAUUCCAAUCAGACGCCGCAGCAGCCCACAGUGAUUAGGAACCUCACUCUUGACGAGCGUGCGGUAAAUAUAUCUUGGUUGUUUCAUCUUAACAUCGACUAUGAUUAUUUCUCGAGACAUUCGGAGGGUCACGGAUUGGGGUUCCCGAUGUUGUGGAGCUCAGGGGAGUGA